AUGGCCUCGAAUUCUCAACAAAAGAGUGCUAGAGGAGGAAGGAGGGCAGCCGUCAAUGAAGCUACGCCAAGCUAUGAUGUUACAAGGCAACUUGCCGAGUUGACUAGGCAAGUGGAACUUUUGAGGGUGAAAGACUCUAAAUCUCAACAAGUGAUGUCAGUCGAGACUUGUGGGAUUUGUGGAGAAUCUGGACAUGGAGCAAAUUUAUGCCCGAAAAUGGGAGAGCCUAUAUUUGAGGAUGAGGCACAAGUUAAUGCUUUGCAAGGUUUUCAACCUCGUCCUAAACUAAACCCAUUUGCUCCAACUUACAAUCUGGGGUGGAGGAAUCACCCAAACUUCUCUUGGAGACAAAAUCAAGGUCAAGGUCCGAGUCAGAAUGCUCAGAAUUUUCAGCAGCCACAACAACCAAAUCAGCCACAGUAUCAGCAACAACAACCGGGAUUCUAUCGACAACAGCAAAUCGAGACUCAAGUUGGACAGAUUGCAGGAACUGUAGGAAAGCUAGAUCAGCAGAACACCAGGGACAAGUUGCCGAGCCAUUCUGAACAGGUUCAUGCUAUUUCUAUUCUUAGAAGUGGCAAAGUGGUUGAUAACAAGGUAGAAUAUCCACAGGCUGAUGAAUCAAGUUCUCAAGAGGCAGAAUCAAGCAAGUCGGAAGAAAAGAAUGAGGAUGCAAAGAAAGAAGAGGAGAAGAAGGAUAAUGGUCUUCACAAAGCUGUUAAUCCUUACACACCACCCAUACCUUUUCCGAGCCGACUAAGGAAUGCAAAACAAGAUCAGCAGUUUAAUUACUUUUACAAGCUGCUAUCAAAAGUGAAUGUGAAUCUGCCUCUACUUGAUGUGAUUCGGAAUGUUCCGGCGUAUGUUAAGUUCUUCAAAGAACUAGCAUCGAAGAAAAGGAGAUUAGCCGAUGAUGAGAAGAUUGUGGUGUCUGAAGUGGCAAGUGCAAUAUUGCAGCAUGAACUUCUACCAAAGCAGCGAGAUCCAGGAAGCUUUGUUAUCAAAAUUGCUUUGGGGAACGGGAAAGAGGCGUCAGGGGAUCUUAAACCUACUCGUUUGUGCUUGCAAUUAGCUGAUAGGUCUGUUCGUUAUCCUAAAGGAAUUGUCGAAGAUAUAUUAGUUAGAGUUGGUGGUUUAAUUAUUCCCGUUGAUUUUGUUGUCUUGGAUGUGGGGGAUGAGAAUAGCCUUGAUAGUGUACUUGCAGAUUCGGAGGCUAUGGAUGAGAAAGAAUUACUCCUUGAAGAAAGCAUUAGAGUGAUGGAAAUUCUUAGGCUUGGAACUCAAAAAGAACCUGCUCAUCCUAAAUUAGAGCUUAAGGAGUUGCCAAAACACCUUAAGCAUGUCUUUCUGGAGGAAGAUGAGCAAAAGCCCGUGAUUAUUUUCGCUGAGCUCAAUGAGGAGGAAGAAGAAGAGUUAGUGAAAGUUUUGAAGAGAAACAAAAGAGCAAUAGGCUGGAGCUUAUCUGACAUUCAAGAAAUUAGUCCUGCUACGUGCAUGCACCGGAUCAUACUCGAGGAAGGAGCAAAACCUGUACGUGAUGCACAGAGAAGACUAAAUACAAAUCUUAUGAAAGUGGUCAAGAAAGAGAUUUUCAAGCUUCUUGCUGAAGGAAUCAUCUAUCCGGUGGCUGAUAGUGAAUGGGUCAGCCCGAUUCAUGUGGUGCCAAAGAAAGGGGGUAUCACCGUGGUGGAGAAUGAUAAAGGAGAGUUGGUCCCUACACGAGUCACCACUGGGUGGCGAAUGUGCAUUGAUUACAGGAAAUUAAAUGCAGUCACGAAAAAAAACCAUUUUCCUUUACCAUUUAUUGAUCAAAUGUUAGAUAAGUUAGCUGGGCAUAAGUUUUAUUGUUUUCUUGAUGGAUUGUCUGGAUAUUAUCAGGUGGCUAUUGCUCCAGAAGAUCAGGAAAAUGCCCUUUGGAUUAUGCAAUGCACCUGGGACAUUUCAAAGGCUAAAGUGGAUGUUAUUGAAAAAUUACCUCCACCGGUUAAUGUGAAGUGCGUUAGAAGUUUUUUGGGCCAUGCGGGUUUUUACCGUAGAUUCAUUAAAGACUUUUCUAAAAUUAGCCAGCCUUUAUGUCAAUUGUUAGCUCAGGAUGUUCCUUUUGAGUUUGAUGAAAAAUGUUUACUUGCAUUUAAUACUCUUAAGGAAAAGUUAAUUUCUGCUUCUAUUGUUAUAGCCCCCGAUUGGUCUUUACCAUUUGAGAUAAUGUACGAUGCUUCAAAUUCUGUUGUUGGAGCUGUCUUAGGACAACGAGUUGACAAGAUGUUGCGUGUAAUAUAUUAUGCAAGUUUGACACUGAAUUCUGCUCAAGUGAAUUACACGACAACAGAAAAAGAGCUACUUGCAGUUGUUUUCUCAUUGGAUAAGUUUAGAUCUUACAUUCUAGGGUCUAAAGUUAUAGUUCAUAGUGAUCAUGCAGCUCUUAGAUACUUGUUGACUAAGUCCCAAGCUAAGCCUCGUUUGAUUAGGUGGAUUUUGCUUUUACAAGAGUUUGAUGUCGAGAUUAAAGAUAGGAAAGGUAGUGAGAAUGUUGUUGCAGAUCAUUUAUCUCGUCUUCCUCUUGUUGAUUAUGAUGAAACAUUACAUGAGCAUGGAAUGAUUUCUGAUUCUUUUCCAUUUGAGAAUGCUUGUGAGAUAGGUGCUAUUCCAUGGUUUGCUGAUAUUGUAAAUUUUCUUGCUUGUGGAAAAAUGCGCCCUGGCCUUUCUUCUCAGCAGAAGAAGAGAUUUUUGGCAAAUUGCAGGUUUUACUUUUGGGAUGAUCCCUAUCUUUUCCGCCUUGGUAAAGAUGAGGUGAUUAGACGUUGUAUUCCUGAUGAAGAGAUACAAGAUGUGUUGGCAUUCUGCCACGAAGCUCAUUGUGGAGGUCACUUUGGGGGUCGCAAAAUGGCUUUACAGUGUCAAAGAGUUGGGAAUAUUGGUAGAAGAAAUGAGAUGCCUCUUAAUAAUAAUUUGGUUGUUGAAGUCUUUAAUGUGUGGGGUAUUGAUUUUAUGGGACCAUUUCCCAAGUCGUCUGGAUAUGAGUUUGGAUUUCCUCGUGCUAUUAUUAGUGAUGGGGGAAAAUAUUUUUGCAAUAAACUCUUUGAGAAGUUGAUGAGAAAGAACGGCAUUACGUAUAAAGUGGCUACUCCUUAUCAUCCCCAAACUUCAGGGCAAGCUGAGACGAGCAAUAAGCAAAUUAAGGGGAUUUUGGAGAAGACGGUUAAGCCAUCGAGGAAAGAUUGGUCAACCAAACUUGGAGAUGCAUUGUGGGCGUAUCGUACCGCCUACAAAAGUGUGUUGGGAAUGAGUCCUUACCGGCUUAUUUUUGGAAAAACGUGUCAUCUUCCGGUUGAAGUGGAGCAUAGAGCUUAUUGGGCUAUUAAGUCGGUCAAUUUUGACUUGCUUAAUGCAGGAAAAGAACGAGCUUUGCAAAUUUCAGAGCUCGAUGAGUUGAGGAAUGAGGCGUAUGACAACGCCAAGAUUUACAAAGAUAAGGUGAAGAAGCUCCAUGAUCGAAACAUUGUGAGGAAGGAGUUACGCCCUGGAAUGAAGGUUCUUCUAUUUAAUUCUCGAUUGAGAUUAUUUCCGGGUAAGCUACGGCCACGUUGGAGUGGACCAUUUGAGAUUGAAGAAGUUUUUCCAUAUGGAGUGGUUAAAUUAUUCAAUCCGUGGAAGCAAGAGUCGUUUCAAGUCAAUGGUCAUAGGGUGAAGCCGUACAUUGAAGGAGGAAUUCGUCCAAAAGGAGUCGAGUCCAUUGUACUCGAUGAUGUGAUCUAUGAUUGA